AUGCAGACCAAAACAUAUGCCGUGGCGCUGGCAGUGCUGCUGCUGGCCACGGUGCUCGAGGCGUGGUCCAUCUGGACGCCCACCUGGAUCCGAGCAUCGACGCCCGCCUCGUCGCCCAUCCACUAUUCCGCCAGGUACGGCCUGACGCAGCGCUGCGAGAGGGCCUACCUCGACCUACCCUCGUCGUCCGGCCUCUCCGGGUCGCAUGCGCAGGCACACGAUCAAGGCUGGAAGUGCCGCUCGUUUCCGCUGAGCGAUCGCGACUGCAGCCAAGACAGGAACUUUUGCGCCGCCUGGAGAGGGGCGAGCUAUGCGGCCCAGAUGUCGUUUGCCUUUCUCGUCGUCUCGCUCCUCGGUCUCCUCCUCAUCCUCCUGCUCAACGGCAGGCAGAGGAAGCGAGACGGCUGGAGGAUCAUCUCGGGCUGCUCGGCCCUCGCCCUUACGCUGCAGGCAAUUGCCGUUGGCGUGAUCGCGAACCUCUUUAACAAUGACGAGCGCUUCUAUGCCGGCUCCAAGCUCGGCUCAGCCUUCGUGGUGGCCAUCUCCUCGCUCUCCCUCGUAACGCUCACCGCAGUCGGACUCGUCGCUGGCGGUAUCAGGAGCGGACAGAGCGACCAUGGACCGCAGGGAGACGGGUACCGCUCCAUCGACUGA